UAUUAUGAUCAAUAAUGUCAAAAGCUACACUGAAGUCUAGCAAAAUAGCUCCUACAAUCUUAUUAUUAUCAGUUUCUUUCAGCCAAUCAUCAGUCAUUUGUGUCAAGGCCAUACAUGUUGAGGGCCCUUCCCUAUUAGUGAGUUGAAAGUCUGUUGUUAAUUUGUUUACUGUGAAAUAGCAUUGUACCUGGUCAAAUGCAUUUUUUCCCAAAAGUUUACUAAGGGUUGGUAGCAGGCUGAUUGGUCGGCUGUUUGAACCCGUAAAGGGUGCUUUGCUAUUCUUGGGUAGCGGAAGUACUUUUACUUCCCUCCAGCCCUGAGACACACACUGUCCUGUAGGCUUUGAUAGAUAGGAGUGGCAAUAGUCCGCUAACAUCCAAGUUGUCAGAACCAGGCGGUUUGUCAUUAUUGAUUGACAGCAAUACUUUUUUCACCUCUUCCGAACUCACUUUACAGAAUUCAGAUUCAGUUAUGCAUGAAAAUUAAGGUUUAGAGUUUGUUAUUGGCAUGUCAUGCCUAUGUUUGCUAAUCUUGCCAAUGAAAACGUCAUUAAAGUAGUCAACAAUAUCAGAGGGGUUUGCAACGUUCAAUUAAACAGUGCUGUUCUGAACGACCAAAGAAGAAUUUGAAAACAGAAAUAUUGAACGACCAAAGAAGAAUGCCUUUGAUAAGAGAAAUAUUGAAUACAGAAUGAAAAUACUUUCUUUUUGGUAAUUAUGGCUAAUGGACAAUGUACACUGAGUGGACAAAACAUUAGGAACACCUUCCUAAUAUUGAGUUGCACCCCAUCUUACCCUCUGAACAGCCUCAAUUUGUUGGGGUAUGGAAUCCACAAGGUGUCGAAAGCGUUCCACAGGGAUGCUGGCCCAUGUUGACUCCAAUGCGUCCCACAGUUGUCAAGUUGGCUGGAUGUCCUUUGGGUGGUGGACCAUUCUUGAUACACAAGGGAAACUGAAAAACCCAGCAUACCCCGUUCAAAGGCACUUCGAUAUUUUGUGUUGACCAUUCACCCUCUGAAUGGCACACAUACACAAUCAAUGUCUCAAUUGUCUCAAGGCUUAAAAAUCCUUCUUUAACCUGUCUCCUCCCCUUCAUCUACGCUGAUUGAUGUGGAUUUAACACGUGACAUCAAUAAGAGAUCAUAGCUUUCACCUGGAUUCCCCUGGUCAGUCUGUCAUAGAAAGACCAGGUGUUUCUAAUGUUUCGUACACUCACUGUAUAUGCUUAUGCUACACUUUCAGAGUGCGGUAUCAAUUAAUCCACUCAUUGUGUAGGCCUACCCUCUUCUAAAUUGCUGUAACAAUGACAAGGAAAUGCCAGAGGCAUGUUUUGUUUGCAUCACUGACCACAGGAACCAGUCACCUAUAAUCAACAUAGUGUAGAAAGAGAAGGUCUUUGUUUUGUACACCUCUUGAAUGAACAGUCACAUCUUGGGAGUCUUUGUCUUCUAAGUCAGUCAGUUGUUUGUCGACUGAUAUUAUAAUUAGUCAUUUGUAAACUGUAAACCUUUUUGUUUAAAUGCUCAUCUGAUUCCUCAAUCUCAAAACAUUCCCACGGUCAUGCACUGUUUCCUGCAGAGACACCUGACACAGCCCCCAUUCUAUCUCAUAAAAGUGGCUCUGUGUCUAUUGUCUCUGUGGUUCCAGCCAAUCAGCUAGAAGGACAGGUAUAAAAACUCUGAUGGGUCUUUUAACAAAGAGAUAGAGGAUUCGUGUGAUGACUUCCAUCCACAAUGAAGCUGUAAGUCACUUUUUUAUUGCAUCAAGGCCUCUUUGAUUGAUAUUUUCUUUAUAACAAUGUAACAUUUCAUUGAAAUGUUGUGCGUUGUCUUGACUUAGUCUUACAAAGCAUUAGAUUUAACACUGUACAACUAUCUUCUUUAUAAAGGGAAAGGGAAAGGGGGAUACCUAGUCAACUGUAAAACUAUCUUCUUUAUAAAAGGGAAGGGAAAGGGGGAUACCUAGUCAACUGUAAAACUAUCUUCUUUAUAAAAGGGAAGGGAAAGGGGGAUACCUAGUCAACUGUACAACUAUCUUCUUUAUAAAAGGGAAGGGAAAGGGAAAGGGGGAUACCUAGUCAACUGUAGAACUAUAUUCUUUAUAAAAGGGAAGGGAAAGGGAAAGGGGGAUACCUAGUCAACUGUACAACUAUCUUCUUUAUAAAAGGGAAGGGAAAGGGGGAUACCUAGUCAACUGUACAACUAUCUUCUUUAUAAAAGGGAAGGGAAAGGGAAAGGGGGAUACCUAGUCAACUGUACAACUGAAUGCAUUCAACUGAAAAGGCCAAUGCUCUUUAUUUUUCUCGUAGCUCCCUGUGUUCUCUGUCAGUUCUGACGCUAGUGGCUGUUGUGUUCAUGGUACCAAUGAAAGACAGAAGUGAGGAUGUGUUAAGCUUUUUGAAUGGUGCCCUUGAUGUUGCUCCCCCUACUCAAAGCACCUCAGGAAAAAUCAAAGGUCCUGAGAAUACCUCUGGUAAACCAGAUCCAACCCCAGCACGCCCAAGUCCUUUAAGACCAACAGAGAACUCUGCAGAUGUUGUAGACUCAGAUGCCAGAUCCAAAGAGAAUUGCAACUCCGAUGAUCUUACAGAUGCAGAACGAUCUGAAAGUAAUUCAGCAGAAAGCAGAGAGGAUGAUGAUGACUCUCUGGGAUCAAAUACAAAGAUUACAAAAACUGUGACAGACGACAGUAGCAGCGACGAGACUGACACUUCUCCUCCAAGUGAUGUGAGAAAAUACAAACAACCUCCAGGAAGGAAAACCAUAAACCCAGACCAUGUGGACAGCAUGCAGACAACCACCAGGCAGGAUCCAACCAAUGGGAGCGAGGAGCUGGAUAGAGAGACUCAGAGGGACCCCACAGGGGGGAGAGAGAGAACCAGCAGAGUGCUCAUUGAUCUCAACAGUGAAGAGGAUGUGAUGGUGGGCUGCCAGGGUACUGUCUGUGUGCUCGGAGAGCAGGGGACUACAGUCAAUGGAGGUGAAAAUGAUGAGAAUACCAGUCUAAACAGUAGAGAUGGAGAUAUCCAAAGCCAAGAGGUCACAGGCACAGCCACGGAGCAGGCCCUACGUAGGGAUAGUUGUAGGGGUGUAGUGAAUGGAGUGUUGGACACAGCCAGAGAACAGCAGGACUUGGACAGUAUGGAGCAUGUCAAUGGUAGACCCAAUGGUACUGAUGAAGCCAACAGUAGAGAAAGCAGAGAUGACAUCAGCACUAAGAGGAAUCCAGUAGUGAUUGGUUAGCCUCCAGGAGCCCCAGCCAGGAGCUCCAGCCAGGAGCUUGUCAGUGGCAGAGGCUUCCUCCAGGUAGAGUUGGCUCAGCUCUACCCUGCAGGGCCUGUAAAUCUCCCUGCCUCUCACUCGUGUGUCGUCUCCCUCAAGCUCCACUGACUCUACCAGACCACAGAGAGUCCCUCUCACACUUAUAUUCAUGACAGAGACGUCAGUACAUCUGUGGAUAUUUACCACCAAUUUUUCACUUCAAGUGAUCUUAAAAUAAAUGUUAUUCUGACAGCAGCUGUGCCCCCUGGUCUUCCUGCCGGUAGUACAUUUGAGUUGUGGGUGAAUGGAAAUAAGAUGUUUGGCUCUGAUCUGAUCAAUCUGAUGAAAUAAAGGUUUCUCAAAAAGCAUUGUUUGUUGUACUAAUUAGAGGUCAUUCAAUAAAAGGCUGUGUAUACAUGCAAAUUCACAAUUAUAAGGAAAGACAAUAGAUUGUUUGAAGGCAGAAUGUCUUACAGUGUUACAC